AACACCUUCCCCCUUAACACGUUUAUAUGCUACCCUUCAGGAUAAUAUUAAUCUCCGUAAUGCUAUGAACGAACUGACACAAACACUUGAAAACUUAUUUAGUGCUCUAAACAGUAUCCUUAAUGCAAACACGGGAAGACGACACCGACGUAGUGUUAGCGACAUUGAGAGCAUAACCACUAUAGCAGAACAAGCGACUGCAGCUGUUCAGAAUGGUAAUACGUCAGCUGUGAUCUCACUUACAGCGGAAAUAAAGGCGAAGACCAGUGUCGUUUCAGAUCUCGCAGAAGCAGCUGCAAACAAUGCAACACUGGCAAGAGAACUACAGUCUAGCGUAGCUGAUGCAAUCAGUGGGAUUACUGACCUACAAGGAGCCGUCAAAACGAAAGACAAAGAAAUCCAAAGUAACAUUGAAAAAAUACAACAGGAAAUAAGCGAGUUCGGGGGAACUACUGUUGACGUAACAACCAUCGAUAUUAUCGAGAUAACAAACGGUGGCAGCAAUGAAGAGACUACUAUCAAGGAAGAAGACGAUACUACCAUCGCAGACACCGCCACCACUUUGGACACAAUAGUAGAAACUACCAUAGGGGACACGGCCACCGUAGAUAUCACCCCGAUUGAUACCACGACAAUGGACACUAUCAUAGACACUACAACAGUAGACCUCCUCACAGUCGACACCACCAUAGUAGACACUAACAUAGAUACUACAGCAACAGAAACUACCAUUGUCGAUAUCACUACAAUAGACGCGACAAUCUCAGCAGAUACUACUGUCCCUGCUACCACCACCACAGGAGGUAGCAGUGCAAUGGGCAUCACCACACAGGAUGUCAACACAGUUGACACCACCACAGGAGAUGCCAUCACAGCUGACACCACCACAGGAGAUGCCAUCACAGCUGACACCACCACAGGAGAUGUCACAACAGUUGAUAUUUCCACCGAAGACAGCAGUUCAGCAGAUGCCACCACCGAAGACAGCAGUACAGCAGAUGCCACCACCGAAGACAGCACUGCAGGAGAUGCCACCACCGAACACAGCAGUUCAGCAGACACCACCACGUUAGGAGUCUCAACUACCACACAAUGAUAAAGAAUCAACUCGCAAUGCAGUGAUCUCAUCGCCUGGACAAUGUCAUUGUCUGAAAAAAAAAAAUCUAAAAAUCACGUAUGCGUUUCUACUGUCAUAUAAUAUGACAAACAAUUUGCAUAGAAAAUGAGGAUUAAGAAAUCCUAGAUACUAAAAGCAUAUGAUCAAAUAAAGAAAAUAUUAG